AGUACACUGCCAGACAGGGUAAGGCUUCAGUCCAGGUCAAAUCUGUAGUUGUGUGUCCUAAACCUGGUCUUGGAGGACCCCUGUUUAUCCUGGUUUUCUUUCCAACUGGUCUCGGUGUGUAAAGUGGCCGACUUUAGCCUGCUGCCCCCUCCUCAUAGAAGAUAAUGUGUACAUCGCCAGACAUGGUGCGGCUCUGGUCUGGGUCCAAUAUCUCUAUGUAAUGUAUGUCCUAAGCCUGGUUUUGGAGGACCCCUGUUUAACCUGGUUUUGGAGGACCCCUGUUUAACCUGGUUUUGGUGGACCCCUGUUUAACCUGGUUUUGGAUGACCCCUGUUUAACCUAGUUUUGGAGGACCCCUGUUUAACAAGGUUUUGGAGGACCCCUGUUUAACAAGGUUUUGGAGGACCCCUGUAUAACAAGGUUUUGGAGGACCCCUGUUUAACAAGGUUUUGGAGGACCCCUGUAUAACAAGGUUUUGGAGGACCCCUGUUUAACAAGGUUUUGGAGGACCCCGUUUAACCUGGUUUUGGAGGACCUCUGUUUAACCUGGUUUUGGAGGACCCCUGUUUAACCUGGUUUUGGAGGACCCCUGUUUAACCUGGUUUUGGAGGACCCCUGUUUAACCAAGGUUUUGGAGGACCCCUGUUUAACCAUGGUUUUGGAGGACCUCUGUAUAACAAUGGUUUUGGAGGACCCCUGUUUAACCAGGUUUUGGGGACCCCUGUUUAACCUGGUUUUGGAUACCCCUAUUUAACCUGUUUUGGAGGACCCCUGUUUAACCUGGUUUUGGAGGACCCCUGUUUAACAGGUUUUGGAGGACCCCUGUUUCAAUGACCUUGGUUUUGGAGGACCCCUGUUUAACCCAGGUUUUGGAGGACCCUGUUUAACCUGGUUUUGGAGGACCCCUGUUUAACCUGGUUUUGGUGGACCCCUUUAACCUGGUUUUGGAUGACCUCUGUUUAACCUGUUUUGGAGGACCCCUGUUUAACAAGGUUUUGGAGGACCCCUGUUUAACAUGGUUUUGGAGGACCCCUGUUAACAAGGUUUUGGAGGACCCCUGUUUAACAAGGUUUUGGAGGACCCCUGUAUAACAAGGUUUUGGAGGACCCCUGUUUAACAAGGUUUUGGAGGACCCCUUUAACCUGGUUUUGGAGGACCUCUGUUUAACCUGGUUUUGGAGGACCCCUGUUUAACCUGGUUUUGGAGGACCCCUGUUUAACCUGGUUUUGGAGGACCCCUGUUUAACCUGGUUUUGGAGGACCCUGUUUAACCUGGUUUUGGAGGACCCCUGUUUAACCUGGUUUUGGUGGACCCCUGUUUAACCUGGUUUUGGUGACCCCUGUUUAACCUGGUUUUGGAUACCCUGUUUAACCUGUUUUGGAGGACCCCCUUUAACCCAGGUUUUGGAGACCCCUGUUUAACAAGGUUUUGGAGGACCCCGAACAUUUAACCUGGUUUUGGAGGACCCCUGUUAACCUGGUUUUGGAGGACCCCUUUUACAAGGUUUGGGGAUCCCAACCAGUCUUUGAUGACUUCUGUUUACUGUUUUGGUAACUGUUGUUAGAGACCUUUGUGAACCGUUUAGUGUUUAAUGUUGGGGCUUUAACUGUGAUUGUGAAAGGACCCUGUUUACACAAGUGAGGCCCAAAUGGAGGACCGUACAAAGUUUAGACCCAGCUGAAGGUUGAACCGUACCCGGUUUUGCCUUCGUCAACUGUUGGAGGCCCCCUCUUUAACCUGUUUUAGGAAAGGACCCCUUGUUUAUACUGUUUUGUAGACCCUGUUUGACCAUUUUUGAGCACCAUGGUCUUUAUCCGGUUUGGGUGCCACAGUUUUUGUUUUGACCCCGACCUAGUUUCCCCUGUUAAUGGUGGAGGCGCCCUGUUACGUUUGUGGACCGUUCACUGGUUGGAUGACACUGUUUCUGGUGGAUGACCACUGAACCCGUUGGCCCCAAACUGGUUUGGAUGACCUCCGUAACCUGUCUUUUAGGACCCUUAUACCUGGUUUGGAGACCCCUGUUUACCCAAUGUUGGAGACCCUUAACUGUUUGACAACCAUCUCUUAUGACUUGUGUUUAUUUUAAGUUGUUAGAGCGUUUGUGACUCAGGAUUUAAUGAGGGGCUAAAUAACUUGUGACUCUGUGAAAGGACCAGUGUAUAUCACAACCAGGCCCACUGGAGACGAGCAAAAUUAGAACAGCGAAGGUAACCGUCAGGUUUUCCAUUCGGCAGACUGUAGAGAGGCUCAACUCUAGCCUUGUUUUAGGAAAAUAGACUUGUAUUGAUGUAUUCUAGUUAAAAGCAGUGACAUUUUGGCUACCAUGGUCUUUUAUCAGAGUGUGUCGUCAAUCAGGUUUUUUGUUUCCCCAGGAGCCAAGUUCCCCAUUAAGUGGACGGCGCCAGAGGCUGCACUCUACGGACGCUUCACAAUCAAGUCAGAUGUCUGGUCAUUCGGGGUCCUGCUCACUGAACUGGCCACCAAAGGCAGAGUACCAUAUCCAGGUAACGUAGUCUUUCCUCCAUGAAACAUUCAUACAAGUAGUUGCACACUCUGUGCUCCCAACAAUAGAUAUAAAACGCCAACGUGUUGACACACAAUGCUUUCUUCAGGGUUGUAUACAGUUGAAGUCGGAAGUUUACAUACACUUAGGUUGGAGUCUUUAAAACUCGUUUUUCAACCACUCCACAAGUCGGUUAGGACAUCUACUUUGUGCAUAACACAAGUAAUUUUUCCAACAAUUGUUUACAGACAGAUUAUUUCACUUAUAAUUCACUGUAUCACAAUUCCAGUGGGUUCCAGAAAAUGAUGUCAUGGCUUUAGAAGCUUCUGAUAGGCUAAUUGACAUAAUUUGAGUCAAUUGGAGGUGUACCUGUGGAUGUAUUUCAAGGCCUACCUUCAAACAUAAUGGGAAAAUCAUAAGAAAUCAGCCAAGACCUCAGAAAACAAAUUGUAGACCUCAAGUCCGGUUCAUCCUUGGGAGCAAUUUCCAAACUCCUGAAGGUACCACGUUCAUCUGUACAAACAAUAGUUACGCAAGUCUAAACACCAUAGGACCACGCAGCCGUCAUACCGCUCAGGAAGGUGACGCGUUCUGUCUCCUAGAGAUGAACGUACUUUGGUGUGAAAAGUGCAAAUCAAUCCCAGAACAACAGCAAAGGACCUUGUGAAGAUGCUGGAGGAAACAGGUACAAAAGUAUCUAUAUCCACAGUAAAACGAGUCCUAUAUCGACAUAACCUGAAAGGCCGCUCAGCAAGGAAGAAGCCACUGCUCCAAAACCGCCAUAAAAAAGCCAGACUACGGUUUACAACUGCACAUGGGGACAAAGAUCAUACUUUUUGGAGAAAUGUCCUCUGGUCUGAUGAAACAAAAAUAGAACUGUUUGGCCAUAAUGACCAUCGUUAUGUUUGGAGGAAAAAGGGGGGAUGCUUGCAAGCCGAAGAACACCAUCCCAAACGUGAAGUAUGGGGUGGCAGCAUCAUGCUGUGGGGGUGCUUUGCUGCAGGAGGGACUGGUGCACUUCGCAAAAUAGAUGGCAUCAUGAGGAAGGAAAAUGAUGUGGAUAUAUUGAAGCAACAUCUCAAGACAUCAGUCAGGAAGGUAAAGCUUGGUCGCAAAUGGGUCUUCCAAAUGGACAAUGACCCCAAGCAUACUUCCAAAGUUGUGGCAAAAUGGCUUAAGGACAACAAAGUCAAGGUAUUGGAGUGGCCAUCACAAAGCCCUGACCUCAAUCCUAUAGAACAUUUGUGGCAGAACUGAAAAGGCGUGUGCGAGCAAGGAGGCCUACAAACCUGACUCAGUUACACCAGCUCUGUCAGGUGGAAUGGCCCAAAAUCCAACUUAAUGUGCGAAGCUUGUGGAAGGCUACCCAAAACGUUUGACCCAAGUUAAACAAUUGAAAGGCAAUGCUACCAAAUACUAAUUGAGUGUAUGUAAACUUAUGACCCACUGGGAAUGUGAUGAAAGAAAUAAAAGCUGAAAUAAAUCAUUCUCUCUACUAUUAUUCUGACAUUUCACAUUCUUAAAAUAAAGUGGUGAUCCUAACUGACGUAAGACAGGGAAUUUUUACUAGGAUUAAAAGUCAGGAAUUGUGAAAAACGGAGUUUAAAUGUAUUUGGCUAAACUUCCGACUUCAACUUUAUAUAGUAUACUUUGACUAAACAGUCGUCCAAGAUGAGCGGUCGCAUACAAUUGCACUUAGAAGGAAGUGAAGGGUUGGUAUUUUUUCUGUGUGCUUAUUUCUAAUAUAAAUUAGAGGAGGGGUGUUGGAUUGAAUGCUAUGUUCUUUUCAGCUAUUGUUUGAUUUGCUAGUGGAAUCAUAUGCUGUUCAAAAGUGUUAUAGAAAAACACUGUCUAACGUGUUCUCGCUCUAUCGCUCGCUCGCUCUCUCUCUAUAUAUAUCCUCCAUACGCCGUCUUCAGGCAUGGUGAACCGGGAGGUGUUGGAUCAGGUGGAGCGUGGCUACCGGAUGCCCUGCCCUGCUGACUGCCCAGGCUCCAUGCACGAGCUCAUGCUCACCUGCUGGAGGAAGGACGCCGAGGAACGGCCCACCUUCGAGUACCUGCAGGGCUUCCUGGAAGACUACUUCACCUCCACCGAGCCCCAGUACCAGCCUGGGGAGAACCUA